AUGCCGCCUUCUUCUGCAUCAUGUUACCUCACUUACGUUGUGGCUCAGAUUGACCAUCUGCACAACGAAGCGCGCUACGAGCCCCAUACCAACGCGACAUUCACGCAGCGUUACUUCUUCGAUGCUACGUAUUACAAACCCGGCGGACCGAUUUUUCUGUACAUUGGUGGAGAAACCAGCGGUGAAUCAAGAUUCAGUAAUUUGAGAAAUGGGAUUGUGAAGAUUCUGGCGGAAGCUACGAAUGGUCUGGGUGUCAUUUUAGAAAAUAGAUACUACGGGAAGAGCUGGCCGACGAACGAUUCUUCGACGGAUGAUUUGAGAUUUCUGACUACGGAUCAGACCAUUGCAGAUAAUGUCUUCUUCGCUCAGCACGCUACCUUCCCUGGUGUUAACGGAAACGAGAGCCUCAAUGCCCCGCAUACACCGUGGAUCAUGUACGGUGGAAGUUUGGCGGGUGGACAAGUAGCCUUUACGAUGAAGACGUACAACGAUUUGUUCGCGGGAGGUAUAGCUGCUAGUGCACCAGCGAUCGCCAAGUGGGAGUAUCCAAGCUGGUACAAUCCCAUCCUGAAAUACGGUCCGUCAGACUGCAUUUCUCGACUUGUCGGGAUCAUCGACAAGAUCGACGAGGUCGUCGAUUCUGGAGACAAGGCUGCCAUCCAGGAAGUCAAGGAAGUCUUUGGCUUGGGCGCCGUGAGCGACAUUAGGGACUUCGCGCAGGCGAUCAGCUAUCCUCUGGGAGGUCCAUUCGACUACCCAAACCCGACCUGGCAAGAGCUGAACUGGAACCCUCCCGACGACUCGCAAGACUUUUACCAAUUCUGCUCAAACAUUACCAACCCCGCCGCCCCCGCCAACAUCACAGCUGUAGACACCAAACUCGCAAAGUACACACAAGGCGAACCCUGGACCGGCCUCGGAAACUACGCCGCCUACAUCCGGGGCGUCAUCGUGCCCUUGUGCACCUCUGGCCGUCUCGACACCACCGAUGAAGGCUGCUUCAACACGCAGAACGCAACAUAUUGGUCCAACACCGCGAAUAGCGCCGAUCGUUCUUAUCUGUACACAAGUUGCACUGAGUUAGGCGCUUUCAUCUCCGCUCCACGCCACGGCCCAAGCCUCAUCUCCCGUGUCUUAAACGGCACCUACAUGCAAUCAUGGUGCGAGCAAUCCUUCCCUCCCGGCCAAUACUCCUCCAUCCCUUCGCGCCCGGAUGUGGACGUUAUCAACAAUUACGGAGGGCUCGACAUCCACGCUCCGAAGCUGGCAUUAAUAGACGGCGAAGCAGAUGUCUGGGUUGACCUGACCUUCCACUCUCAUGACAAGCCCGGUAUAAGGGUUAGUAGCGAUAAGUAUCCGAGUUAUCUGAUUGCGGGAGCGGGGCAUCAUUGGGAUAGUAGUCCUAGGACAGGGGUGAAGAGUGUGGAGGAGGAGCCGGAUUAUAUUAGGGAGGCGCAUCUGUGGGAAAUAAGGACGGCUAAAAGGUGGAUUGCUGCAUGGGGCAAGGGUGGGUAUUAA